AAGCAGUACUUAUCAGUGUCACCCGUGGCACGAAGACGAGACCAGCCGCCUCUCCUCUUGUUGUGUGUGAGCGUACUUCACUUUUGAUCCAAGUACUCCUAGCUCCGGCCCCGACCCUCUGGGCUGACUUUUGUACAACGCGCUUUGUCUGGCAGACCGUCGUGGAGAAAACGCCACCGCACGCCACACUGGGCAGUCGAAGAACAGCUCGAACAACAAUGGGAGGACCGCUCCACCCUCCACCAGAAGUCUACGAGCGAUGGAUCGAAAUGUUGCGGGAAGACCGAGUUGCACUGAAGACAUGCACUCUGGCGUGCCGGGAAUGGGUCCCGUUGUCUCAACGGUACCUCUUCGAGCACGUCAGAGUGCAAGGUGCACCGAGAUGGCUUCGAUUCCUCCACUUACUAGAGUCGUCUGCGUCGAAAGGGUCGGACGUCGGACGAUACAUUCGCAAAUUCGAGUUGAUCGAUAUCAGCCUCGGUUGCGCACUCCAGCCAUUGUUCGAAGACAUCGUGCGCCGGAUUGGCCACCGUCGUAUGCCGAACGUGGAGCACCUCAGCCUACGCGGGUGGGACUGGGUGAGCGUAGUCGAGCGGGCUCAGGAUCACGAUCCUGAGUCCGUUCCUAGGCGCGUCCUUAAGGGCCUAUUCCCCUUCAACAAGCUCAUAGAACUAGAGCUCAUCGACAACGUCACCCGAUAUCCCCAUAUCAUUCCACAGCUUUUCACCUUCUUCCCUUGUCUAUCAAUACUGCGCCUCAAAGACGUUCGACUAUCAGCCGACGCCCCGAUUGGCCUCACUAACAUGCCCCUUGAGCGGGAAGUGCAGGUCAUUGUCCCAAUCAAGAUUCAGGAGUUCCACCUUCAUGGCCAGUCUUCCGACUAUCUCACCGUCAACCUACUGGAUUUCAUCGUCAAACCCCCGUUCCAGCUUGCUUUACGCACUCUCGACCUCAGUGAGCUCGAUAUCCCGCUGACCGGGCGUUCUGUCUCCGACAUGCUCAUGCGAUCAACGGAGACUAUACAACACUUGUGCAUCACACAUCAAUUUAUACAUCUCCUCAAUCUUUCGCACUUCGCUCAGUUGCAUUUUAUCUCAUUGCACUGGUGUGUAUCGACAGACAUAUCCGUAGCAGACGACAUCCAAGCUCUCUUCUCGGAUAUCGCGGGCCAUUGCAGCCUCCGUGUGGUUGAGAUGCGCUUCUCCCUCAUGCAAUCCCACCGUCUCGUCGAAGAACAGAUGCCCUUCGCAGGCCUGGACGCGAUUCUACUCGCUCUGCACUCUCGCUGCCCCGCCAUCGCCGUUCGCUUCCACUUCUCGUUCCAUGUGUUCGUGAAAGCCGGGAACAUGCUCUCAAGACCACAGAUCACACCUCUCCUGAAGGCCUCUACUGGGCUUGCAACGGCUGCGGGACUACAUGCGACCGUGACAAGCCAUACCACGUUCUGGGGCAUGCCAGGGAAUGUCGAAGGGGAGGAGGCUUUGGUUGAAGAGAUGGAUCUCAGCGGCGAGUAAUGUCGGUUGCAUCAGUUAUACCAGUCUCGUCUCAAUUUUUAUGUCCUCUGAGUCUCCCUUGAAAGGGAAAACCUCAUUAUCAAGUAUGAGCUCGUCGUGGUACUUACCAGAGCAGUGACCUUUAUGGCCCGAAUGUAUUUGUACGAUUGUCUGCUUGUUUUCAAUGUCUUGUUUGAUCUCCAGCUCUAUGUACUAGUAUGGUACGAGGUUGUAUAUCCGAUUGUCAUGCUCAACAA